AUAAUUUUCAGACGUUAUAAUAGAAAAUACAGAUCAAAAUGCCGAGGUUCAAGACUAUAUUGGUUACGGGUGGAGCCGGCUACAUCGGUAGCCACUGCGUGGUAGAUCUCCUGGAGGCGGGAUACGAGGUUGUGGCUAUAGAUAAUUUUGCAAACGCUGUGGGAGACGAAGAAGGAUCACCAGCUCUGCAACGAGCUGAACAGAUAACGGGAAAGAAAGUUACGUUUUAUGAGGCCGAUUUAUUGAAUAAACCUCAAAUCAAUGAUAUAUUUGACAAGCACGAAGUAGACUGUGUCAUUCACUUCGCAGCUUUAAAAGCAGUGGGCGAGUCUAUGCAACAGCCUCUAUUAUAUUACCAAAACAAUUUACUUGGAAUGCUCAAUUUAUUGGAGGUUAUGCGGUCACAUAACUGCUAUCAAAUGGUAUUUUCGUCAUCGUGCACGGUUUAUGGAGAGCCAGAACAUCUUCCUAUCACUGAAACGCAUCCCACUGGCAGCAUUACCAACGUAUACGGAAGAACUAAGUACUUUAUCGAGGAAAUGCUUAAGGAUUUAAGUGCUGCGGAUGAGAAGUGGAAUAUAAUAUCUCUCCGGUACUUCAACCCAGUCGGCGCGCAUCCCUCUGGCCUCAUCGGAGAAGAUCCUACCAAAGAGUUCACUAACCUCAUGCCCUUUAUGGCACAAGUGGCGCUCGGCAGGAAACCUGUGCUCACGAUAUUUGGAAACGACUACAACACACCAGAUGGGACCGGUAUUCGUGACUACAUCCACGUCAUGGAUCUUGCAAACGGUCAUGUAGCCGCACUGAAAUUGCUUAGUGAGAAUCACGUAAAGCUAAAGGUGUACAAUCUAGGUACUGGCAAAGGUGUAUCGGUAAAGGAGUUAGUUGAAGUAUUUGAACGUGUCACAAGCACCAAGAUACCGAUCAAGUACGUGGCGAGGAGAUUAGGCGAUAUUACUGCUAUGUGGGCGGAUGCCACGCUUGCCAAAGAACAACUGGGCUGGUCCACGAAACGCUCAGUCGAGGAGAUGUGUACCGAUUUUUGGAGAUGGCAAACCAUGAACCCCGACGGAUAUCCCAAGAAAAAUAAAACUACCGUCAUUGUUAUCAACGGAAAGAGUUAACAUGGCCAAUAGCGAAACAUAUCCUAUUUCUUACAUAUAGCUAUGUAUUAAUAAAUAAGUAUUUUAUUUAAAA